GUGUGAUAAAGAAAGUAGAACCACCUCUUUAUGAAGACAAGGUCUACCCAACUGAUUUGUAUUUAACAAGAAACAGAGUGGUUGUAAAAUCUCUAGACCUUUCAUUAAGCGAGAAUUACAGAUCGAUUGUAUUUGAAAACCCCAAGUAUGAAUACGAUUUCGCUAUUACUGUGCUGUUCAUCGAUAAACUGACUGGCUACUGGAUGGAUUCCAUGCUGGCGUUACCUGCGACAUCUUUCUAUACAGUUUUUUUUUCUCCCUUGGUUCGGGAACUACGCAAGACAACUCUUAGUUAUAUCAGCUUCCGACCAGUCUGACAAGCGCAUCUUUUUUUAUCUCUACAACAUGGAUACAGGAUAUUAUCACAAGAAAGAAAUACAGGAGGUUAAAGAGAAAGAAUUUGCAAUUUUUAAUUUUGGAAUGUGUGGUUUGGAUUCAAUUUUAAAAGAGGAUCGGGAUGAAGGAGUAUAUCUUGUAGGGUACGGACCCUUUGGAGUGAUCGUUGUGACAUGUGAGACAAACUUUCAUUUCAAUUGUGAAUUAGAAAAAACGAAUUAUCCUUUUAUAGAGAGCGGGUACAAUUAUGAUUAUGCAGCUCCGAUGGAAUUUGUGGUCUUUAAUAGGAACACAAUGGUAAAAAUGAAAUUUACAACUAUCUAUGAUGAGUUAAUAAUAGCAGUCAUGUGGGCUAAUGGCGUUACUGUUGUAAUCAAUGGAGAACAAACACUGUACCUCAAGAAUAGUGAACGCAGAAAGAUCGUUUUAGAUUUUGAUUACCCAUUACACAUUAAAACUUCCGGCAACCGCGUGGCAUUCUACUACAUUGGAAGUGGCAAGGAUUGUACGUCAAGCAUGGCUUUAGCUUGGCUAGUUCCUGUUCAUUUAUUCUACUUUAGCUACGCGUUCAGUGUACCAUUUCCCAGUAAUUCAAGUUUAGGACCCAUGAGAAUUUUUCUGAUUAUGAUUGCUGAAAAAGACACAUAUCCCGAUAUUUUAGUUGAUGACAUGCGCACCUUAAGUUACAAAGCUAUAGUGUCUGAUGUGAGUAGAACCACGUACCAAGUGAGGUAUUUGCAAAUCUCACCCGGCUGGCAUUCAGCUUACUCGACCAAACACGACAACUUCGGCCUCUACCUGUAUGGCUGGAAAGAUGGCGGCACAUUCCUACAUACUGUGGGUUAUGUAGACAAACAAGAGUGCAAGAUAACCCACUUGAUUAUGGAUCCUAUACCUAUGAAGCCUGGGGACAGAAUGGACAACGAUUGCGAUAAACUGGUGGACGAAGAUCUCCCAAGUAUUUAUAGAUAUCUUAUGUCAAGAUGUCUAGAUGACUGA